AUGCUGUGGAUAUUUCGUUAUUUUCUUGCUUGUGUUUUGUUCACCAACCUUGUAACCGCCAAGGAUCAAUGCAGGAUGGAAAUUAACAUUCGUGACAUGACUCUCAAAGGCUUCGUUUUCAAGAGAAUGACGGUAGCAGCUCCUCAUAUCUGUGAUUUCUUAUGUGAAAGGGAAAUUAUAUGCCAGAGCUACAAUUUCAACAGAAAAGAACAGAUCUGUGAGUUAAACAACCGCACAAAGGACGCAACACCCGAGAAUUUCCACUCGGGUCCGGCGUGGUUUUAUAUUCGUCGUUUGAACGGAAGAGGUAACUAUUCAGCCAAUAAUGUUGGAUAAUAGUUAUCAAUAUUUUGAUCAUACGUUCGACUUUGCUCACAGUCUGCGUUUUCUGAUCUCCCACGCUCAUCGGUAUUGAUUUUUCUAUCAUCUCUCAAUUCUAAUAAUGAACGAUAUUAGUUCUAUCCCUUUUCUUUGUAGUUGCUUUGAAGUUUCCCACCAAUAACGUAGCCCCAUGUUCUGUAGAUAAACACACAACCCAAAAUUCUUCCACUCGCUCGGACGAAAAUUGACGCUCGAAACGUCAGCUUUGAAACUCUUAACGGCGGCCAACUUACGUUAUCAACUCAGUUGAUAGUACAAAAUUAUCUUGUUAUACUCUCCCACCGAGGCAGCACCCCAGUUUCUUUAGAAACUUACCCCCUUUAUUCAGUUUAACUUUUAAUUAACUUCUUCACAAAACAGCUUUGAUGUAUGCGUGAAAUAGUGACAACAAAUUAUUUAUUUAUUUCUUCUUUAAAAUGACACAAAAAGCUUAGGGUCUGGAAAGAAGAUAAAAAAGCUGGUGGAUCUAAAGGAAGGGUUUAAAAGUGAGGGGGGCCCACUUCCCAAGAGAAACUCAGCCAAUAAUGUUGAUAAUAAUUAUCAUUAUUGUUUUUUUAGAGGGCACGGUAACGAAUCUUGCAAUCUGAUUGGUUCUUUACCCGGUCAGUAUUUUCCUAUCUCUGCCCACGGGCCACGGUAACGCGAAAUGAGUCGCCGAGUACAUCCCAACUUUCGUUGUCAUUUUUCAUAAAUAUACCUCGUUUUCCGGCUGGGCAGUAUUUUUAAGCAAACACGUCGGUCACUACCUCAAGCCGAUAAAUAACUUAUGAAUCCUCUCUUUUCUCUCUAUCAAAUCACUUUGGUUGACAGAAAAAUAUUGGUUUCAGAAUGAAUAUGUAUAAACAAUAGUGUCAUUACGUUGGUUGACAAGCGGCCUAAAAACCGUCUGCAAUUAAUUUUAAUCGUUCACAAAAAGGAACCCAGAAAGUUGAAACGUGAGGUAUUUGGUUACAGUUAAACUGAACGAUGGAACUUUCAUUCAUUUAAUAUCUGAAUUUUCUCGAGCAAUUUGUUCAUAGUGAAAGAGCGAGCGAAGUUUUAAUUUAAGUUCUACAACAAAUAUACGCUCCUGGUGAGUCUUUCCAAUUCCGUUCAAUUUGGACAUUUGUACCUUAAAUUGCACAACAGAAAUUGAAGGAAUUUUUUGAGAAAAGGCCGCAUUACAUUCCCUUGUGUCUCGUUGGAGUGUGCCGUUCGAAUCUAGUUUCUGUGAAGGAAAGAUCAGAGUUAAACACGCCAUUACAGCAAACAAACUAGCAAACUCUCACAACUUCAAAAUAAAAAAAUUGAAUUUACUCACAAUUACUUUCCUCGCCGUUUACUUAAUGAACAGAGGUAAAUCUUCGUACAUGAAUGAAUGGUCGAUGAGAGUGAAUAAUACUUUCCUUUAGAUCAUUAACUGAUUUUGAAGAAAACAUUGUCGUGACAGUCCUUGCCAAACUAGUUCUGUUGGUUUUCAAAUGUUCCUACGCUUUUUUUUUUCUUGCGCGCUCUCUAAUAGACAGGUGUCGGAUUGUGACAGAUACUUGUAAAAAUAAUGUUUCAAAGUUUGUUUGGAAGCCUUCUAAAUCACCUUUAUCGUUACGGAAAUGAAAAUGUUUCGCUGAGGCAUCUCUCUUAAAUUUGCAUCCCCUUUAUUUUAACUACCAUUUACCCACUCAAAAAUUGUUCAGUUUAUGGAAGAUCUUGCCGUAUUUACGUCCAUAAAUCAUUCGGGUUCUUUCGGAAAGAAUUUCGUCAAGUUUAAAAACAAUAAAUAUGUUAUUUACCGGCUAAGGGUCGGUCCGUUUGGUGAAAAACUGUGACCUCGGUCUUGAAAAUGCUGCCCUCGGCCUAUGGCCUCGGGCAGUAUUUUCAAGACCUCGGUCACAGUUUUUCACCAUACGAACCUCCCAGCCGGCAAAUAACAUAUGUAUAUUUUGGUCAUACGCUCGACUUUGCUUACAGUCCUUGAUUUCUGAUCUCUCACGCUAAUCGGUAUUGAUUUUUCUAUCAUUUCUCAAUUCUAAUAAUGAACGAUAUUAGUUCUAUCCCUUUUCUUUGUAGUUGCUUUGUAGUUUCCCACCCAAAGCGUAGCUCCAAGUUCUGCCGAUAGAUACACAACCCACAAUUCCUUUAUUCCCUCUGACGAAGGGCUAACGGUCGAAACAUCUGUUUUGAAACUCUGAACAGUGGCCAACUUAAUAAUUAUAAUUGAUAAUAAUUAUCAAUAUUUUGGUCAUACGUUCGACUUUGCUUAUAGUCCGCGUUUUCUGAUCUCCCACGCUCAUCUGAUUAACGAUAUUAGUUAUAUCCUUUUUCUUUGUAGUUGCUUUGUAGUUUCCCAUCAAAAGCGUAGCUCCAAUUAGUGCCGAUAGACACACAACCCACAAUUCCUCCAUUCCCUCUGACGAAGGGCUAGCGGUCGAAACAUCUGUUUUGAAACUCUGAACUGUGGUCAACUUACGUUAUCAACUCAGUUGAUAGCACCAAACAAAGUGAGGGGGGCCUACUUCCCAAGAGAGGGGUGCUUGACAGUACGUUUAAUUUAUCACAUUCAAAGGCGGACUUUGAGUGAAUGGAAUUAGAUCCUCAUUCUAAUUCUCUCGUAUUUUUCAAUCUCGGCUUUCGACUUGUGCACCUACAUACAUUUAAUUUUCAACAUUUUUACCCUUACCAGCUCCCUUGGGUUCGAUUCCGGAGUUACCAGCACGUUCAUGCCGAGAAAUAAAAGCAAGCGAAGGGAAAGACACUGUAAGCAACAAAUACUGGCUGGAUCCAUCUGGCACAGGGAAGGCAGUUUUGGUUUACUGUGAUAUGAAUUUGGAAGGUAAAUCAUCAUUACGUCACCGUUAG